UACGAAAAUCUAGCCACAAGCUGACUCUCGACUGAAAACCGGCAACAAAUAAACGACAAACGCCCGUUGGGAGGCUAUUUUGCGACGUCCAGAAGUUGUCACUAUGGCCUUCAGAAGGCUGUGCUACAGCCUUGCCAUCCUGGCAGUCGCGCAAGUCGCUUGCACGGCUGCCGAGAGUGCCCAGAAUGGCCUGCACGCGCUUCCCAUCAACUUCCAGGGAGACGCAAAUAGCAAGAUGGCUGGGCUUGAGGCCUGGGGCAAGAUGCUCGGCAGCGCCCUUCUCUUCAAUCAGGGAGGCAAUGCCCAGUCUGCAGCCUACAGCCUGAAGUCCUUGCUGGACAAGACACAGGAGCAGAUUGUGCUGCAGGCUGCCGGCUUGGCCAAGCAGACACAGAAGGCUGAGGAAAAGAACCCCAACGCGGUGCCGCUGCAAUUCAGCGCGGCGCGCGCAAACGAGAACCCGCUGGAGAAGUGGACGCGCGUGUUAGUCACCGAGGCCAAUGCGGCGACUAAGAAGGCGAUUACUAAGGGCUGGUCCGCGCUCAGUCGGGUCGGCCAGGCCGCCUAUGACUCAAUCCACGGCACCGGCUCGGUUUCAGAUGUCUGGUCAGCGGUCCAGACGAGCUUCCAGGCAGAUGACUCCAGCAGUGCAGAGGCUGAGGCGCAGCUGCCUCCCUUCCUGUCAGACGCCACCCUCAUUGACAUUGCAGACCCGGCGGUAUUUGCAUAUGACUUCACCCCCGUCUCAACAGACAUCACCGGAGUGGGUGUGAGUCUCAACAUCUUCAGUAUCGCACCCUGCGUGGUAGUCGUGGACGCCGUGGGUGUCAAGGUUGAGAAUGUGCUGAUCAAGGUGGAGCCAGCCCUCAUCCACGUCGGCCCAGUGGGUGUGGACGUGGGAGCAUCCCUGAUCGAAGUCACCCCACAUCUGAUCAACAUCGGCCCCUUCGGGUCUGAGCUCUCCAUCGAUCUGCCAGGCGCCAUCGCCGUCGAAGACACAGGCAUUUCGGUGUCCCCCGUCGGCACAGAGACCGAGUUCGGCCCCGGGGCAGAAGCUGAAGAAGCUGAGGGCGGCGACUCUGACGGCGCAACUGCCUCGGACUUGCUGACUUAGGGCCCCUUCUCUCAGGGGUAUUAACCCUAGCCCUACGCCCCAUGACACAUCCAUAUAAGGCUGAUGUAUCUUGCUGCACAGCUGCUUUGCAUGCGGCUCUGAUUGAUCAUUCUUUGGUGGGCCUUGUCACACAUCUGCCUGCUGUUAGCUUCUGGGGCAGCUGUGCACAGAAGGCUGCAGGGCAGGGUGUGCGAGCUGCUGGUAUGGCUCGAGACCACAGCAGCAAAGUAUGCUGCUAACAUUAGGAUUGAGGGCUCUAGCAUCUGAGCUUCAGGGUCCAGAGACUUGAUUUCAUUCACUUUCAUUCUGGGAACUGCAUGCAUGCGGCGGGGGCUGCUGAUGCUUGAAGUCUGCCUGCAUGGAGUUCAGACAUUCUCCUUUGUUUUCAGCUGCAACAUGAAGUGAAUGGUUGCCAUUUUGAGUUUUACAUGUUUCAGACCUGCUGGGGGAAGCUGACCCUGACUGCAAAAUGAAGAGCAAAGUUCUGAGAAGUGCAGUGUCUCCCUAGGAGAGGCAACAGCUUUUGCUCUUUCAGCUCAUUACUCUCAGCAGGCUCAGAGUCGUUAAAUUGGCACACCAUGAAUUCAAAAUGAAGAAAGCACACAAUGUCAUUGAACCUCAAAGUGAGAAAACCUGGAAGUGAACACGGUAAUGACACAUUGCUGCUGUCAAAGGGAAACUGGGUCUGAGAGAAUAUUGCCAGUGAUUAACAUUGCUGCUGAUAUGAUGACCUGUCAAGUGUCUGAAGUACCUUGCUGUUACAGUUGAGCCAGCCCGCACCUACUUGUGUCCACUCUGUAAGAAAUGUAAAUAGCUGUUCUUGCUGC